GUGAUUUCUGGAUCUUGUCACCGUCGUGAAAGUGACAACACUUGUUACAAGGAAACACCACUUAGUGCUUAAACGUUAAAUUUUUUUCAUUACUAAAAUAUAUUCGGGGUGUAAUAAAAUAUUUGGAAAAUACAGAAGAGGGAAGAAACAUUGUAUCGCAUCAAAGAUAAGGCGGACAGAGCAACUGUAGAACAGGUGUUGGAUCCCAGAACACGAAUGAUACUAUUCAAGAUGUUGACGAGAGGAAUCAUAUCAGAGAUAAAUGGCUGCAUUAGCACAGGAAAAGAAGUGAGCUUGCCUUUGGAUGCCUGAAUGUUAUCAUGCUAAUGUAUACCAUGCUAGCACAGCAAAUGGAGAAAGCAGAGCAAUCAAAAUUUAUAAAACUUCUAUUUUGGUGUUCAAAGAUCGGGAUAAGUAUGUAAGCGGGGAAUUCAGAUUUCGUCAUGGCUAUUGUAAAGGAAACCCCAGAAAAAUGGUGAAAACUUGGGCAGAAAAAGAAAUGAGGAACUUAAUCAGGCUAAGCACAGCAGAAAUCCCAUGCCCAGAGCCUGUUCUGCUAAGAGGUCAUGUUCUUGUCAUGGGUUUCAUCGGUAAAGAUGACAUGCCAGCACCACUCUUGAAAAAUGUCCAAUUAUCAGAAUCCAAGGCUCGGGAAUUGUAUCUGCAGGUCAUUCAGUAUAUGAGAAGAAUGUAUCAGGAUGCCAGACUUGUCCACGCAGAUCUCAGUGAAUUUAACAUGCUGUACCAGAGUGGAAGUGUAUACAUCAUUGAUGUUUCUCAAUCUGUGGAGCAUGACCACCCACAUGCCCUGGAGUUCUUGAGGAAAGACUGUGUCAAUGUCAACGAUUUCUUUCUGAAGCGCAGUGUUGCUGUUAUGACCGUGCGGGAGCUCUUUGACUUUAUCACAGACCCAUCAAUCACACACGAUAACAUGGACAUUUAUCUCUCAAAGGCCAUGGAAAUAGCAUCUCUGAGGACCCAGGAAGAAAGGUCCAGCCAAGAUCAUGUUGAUGAAGAGGUGUUCAAGCGAGCAUAUAUUCCUAGAACCUUGAAUGAAGUAAAAAAUUAUGAAAAGGAUGUGGAUAUAAUGAUGAAAUUGAAGGAAGAGGACAUGGCCAUGAAUACCCAACAAGACAAUAUUCUGUAUCAAACCGUCACGGGAUUGAAGAAAGAUUUGUCAGGAGUUCAGAAGGUCCCUGCCCUCCUAGAAAAUCAAGUUAAGGGGAAGACUUGUCCUGAUUCAGAAGAUGCUAGAAGCUCAGAGUGUUCUGACACAGACUGUGAAGAGCAGGGGGACCAUGCCUGCUCCAAGAAACCCGCCACUGACCUUGAUGUUGAUAAAAAGGAAAGAAAAAAGAUGGUCAAGGAAGCCCAGAGAGAGAAAAGAAAAAACAAAAUUCCUAAACAUGUGAAAAAAAGAAAGGAGAAGACAGCCAAGACAAAAAAGGGGAAAUAGAAUUAGAUGAUAUUACACAGUAAUUCUCCAUCAGUACUUUUCUUGUCUGCAGCUAAGUUGCAUCUGGAAGUUGAGUUAUUGGUAUUACCUGAAGGGUCCCUGUGGCAGUGCUCUGAAGACUGAUUCAGGCGUUUUCAUGUAAUUAUGUAAAAAGCUCUGUUGUCCCAAUUGAAGCACUAGCUCUGUCUUCAUUAAGAGUAUUUACUUAAGCUACUAUUUUAACAAAGAACUUUGUACAAUUUUAUUUUUACAUACUUUUUUCUCAUGCAGUGUGCUUUUUGAAGUAAAUACUUAAAUGUAAUGAAUAUCCACAAUCUUAAUAUUAAGUGUAAAGACACUUCCGACAAACUUGGACAAAUUGUUUUCACUUCAUUUGUAUGUGCCAAAGACCCAUCUGCACAUUUGAUUACAAGGCCAUGGGGGCCUCCCAGCUCAUAAGCUAUUUCACAUCCAACUAUUUGGUCUGUUCAUUCUUUCAUCUUCUAUUUGAGCAUUUUAGGUGCUGGGGAAUAUAGCAGUAAACAAAACGGAAAUUACUACCUUCAGGUAGUUUACACUUUAAUAGGAAGACAAGACAUUUUUAAAAAAAAGGAAAAUAUGUCAGCAGGUGAUAAAUUCUGUGGAGAGAAAUACUGUGGAGAAGAGAGCAUGCUUGGGAAGGUGGGAGUUGACAGUUUUAAAACGGCACACUGAGGAGGCUGUGCAAAUACGUGAAAUGAAAAAAAUUCAGGAGAGAAGAGCAUUUCAGGCAAAGCAAACAGCAAGUGCAAAGGCCCUGUGGCAGAGGUGUGCUUGAAAUAUUCCAGACGCCAGAGUGUCAUAAUCAUAACCAAGGGAGAAAGUGGCAGAUGUGAUCAGAUGGCGCCAGGCUGCUGGAAUGUGUUGAGCGGAGGAGUGAUAGGAUCUCAUUUCUGUUUUGAAAGGGUCACACUCACUCCAGCCUCUGUGGAGCACUGCCUAGGAAGCAAGGGUGGGAGAGCAGCUGGGUAUUGCAGUGGCCCACAUGAGAAAUGAUGAUGGCUUGGUCUAGGAUUGUAGCAAUGGAAUUGGAGAGAAGACGUUGGAUUCCAGAUGGAACUCAAAGGUGGAGUGAGCUGGGUGUGCCAAAGCAGGAUACAGGGAGAGAGAGGAAAGGCUGACUUACAGGUUGGUGACCUAAGCGACAGAGGGGCAGUUGGAGUUGCAGCCGUGUUCAGAAGGAAUCAGGUGGAGCAGGGUUGGGGGCAAGAGGGAGAAAUCAAAGCUUAUAUUGCAACAAAGCACAUUAAUUUUUUAUUUUUAUUUUUACCAUAUGCUGUAUAUUAGAAAUGCCUAUUUUAGCCCUCACAUUAGAAGCAGUUUCUAUGAGUAAACUUAGUUUCCCUUAAACUGAAGCUUGUACCUGCUUGUUUCAGAGUUGGUGAGCUAUUGGAAUGGAUGGGAUUGAGCUCUUUCAAUGUGUAGGUCACAUUUACCGUGUUCAUGAUAUCCUCACUAAGUAAAAAAAAUUCAACAUAUGAAAUAAAUUUCAGGGAGACACAGCAGGAGCCCCUCCAAAAUAUUAUUCAAUUAACACAACUAAAGGCAAAGCAGAAACAGACUAAGCAAUCCUGUGCACCUCUGGGGGUUUUAUCUUUGGUAUCUUCCAGUUCUGUAUUUGUUCGGUGACAGUCUCCAACAUGGUGUAUUAGACGUGAUCAGGCUUCUCAAUGCUGCCUUUUGGUGAAUCUAAUACAAAAGUUUGGAAUCAGCUUCACUUGGGCAAAUGUAGUGUGGGCAGGAUAUAGGGACAGUUCAUUCUCAUUUGCAUGGCUGCCAGGAGGAACGGGCUUGUAAAAUGCCAAGAUUUGGGAUUGUGGGAAAUCCUCGUUUGAAGGACAUUUUCCUGAUAACUUGCUGAUGUGGAUGUGUCUCUGUUGGGAUUCUGGGCCUUCAGUUGUGGGACUAGGAACCACUGGUAAUAUUCUUGCUAAACUUGUCUGAAGUUACAUUUUCCUCGUUUCUUUCUUUCUCAUCAGAAGGCUUGGAAGAAGCAGCCUGUUGUUAAAUUUAUAGGGCUGCUUGCUGACUUUGACUGCAUUUGAAUUUUAAGUGCUUGACAGUUAGGUUUUAGUGUCCAUGGGUUGGUUGCUGGUUGCACAGUUAAUUUCCAUUUAGAGAGAGGAGGUUUGGGUCUCUUGGCCCAAAAGCUGGGACAUAAUUUUGUCAAUUGUAGAUGCAUCUGAUUUUCUGGCAUAUUUUAUUGAUUUUCUGAUCCCUUUAAAUAGUGCAGGUAUUUUUCUUAAAGUUUACUGUUAGAAAUCUGGAUAGUUUAUUUGAAGCACAAAAUCACAGCUACUUCUAAUGUUACUUUAGUCCUUCUUCCUAUGAUAAAGCAGUUUAGGAACAGAACUUGUACGAGCUCAGAAAAGGAAGAGUUGAAAAAAAGUUCCUCUAGAAACAGAAUUUCAAGUUAAGAAUGCCUUAAGUGUCAUGUGCUCUGACUGAUGAUGUUUCUAAAAAAAUCCUUCAUUUCUAAAAGCUUGACAGGUUUUCUAAUUUUAAUUGUUUAUACACAUAGUAAAUAAAGACCAUAAACAUUCAGAGCUUUGAUUUGUGGGGGUUACUUUGUGAUGAUAAAGGAGUUGCAAGGAUCAGUAGCUAGAGCAAAUUUUACUCCUCAAAGUACAGUUUCCCGUGAAGAGCACAUCAAAUAGAUGAGGUUUGCAACCACAGGUCAUCAUAAAGCAAAGCUCCCCAGGUUCUGUCUCUUGAACUGGAUUAGGUUAUUAUAUUCCCUACAUUUUGGUUGGAGUUUCUAAUUUCUAUAUCCUUUGGGUUUGUGUUACCUUGGACAUAAAGGCUUUUAUAAAUAUUCCAGGGGGAAUUGUGAUGUUGAGUAUUAAGCCGUUUAAGCUAGUUUCCAAAAGCAGAGAUGUCUUUUUGCAUCUCUGUUCUCCAGAGCUCUUAGUCCCAGCUGACAGUGUUGUAGAAACCUCUGGACUUAAAUUUAGAGAACCAAGACGGGUUUGUGAGAUUUCUUUCGUUUUUGGCUUUCCUUCAUUUUCUAUAUCACUCCACGUCCUGCUUUGAUUGCUGGCAGGCCGUGAUGGUGAGGAGGUAGCCUCAUGUAGCCAGAGUAGCCAUAGAGCCACAAAAUCCUUUUUCUUUUACUUUUUGCCUGAAUGGUAAGGGUGCCCUCUGAUGUGUGAGCAGAGCUAUCUCUGAGAAGUGUCCAUGGCUUAUAUCAGUGCUAAUUAAUAAUUUUGUUUAAAAGCUGAUCAACUUUAUCACCCUUGGGUGAAAUUGUAGCCUUUACAGAUUCUGUAUGUAGCUGUUAGGACAUUGCAGAUUUGUCCAUGAAAAAGUGGUAGGUCCUUGAGGCCAGAGAACUGCUGGGAGGGGGGAUGCUGGAGUGUGUAAGCUGGUGAGACAGGUCCGAACGGGGUACCUAAAGUUGUACUUGGGAGGUUAUCUUUGUUGGUGUUCUCCAAGGUACAGCAGGGGUGUGAGAGGCUGCGGGACAGUAACACACAAAUGCACUGAAGGCUUGACGGUCAAGGAGUAAAGGCCAGUGUUCCGGAAGGGCCAUCUGUUAGGACAGGCCUAGUUUUAGAGUGUCAGGGAGGGACAUGGUUAGGUCUUCGGGGAAUGAGAGUGGGUUGGGGGAGUAGACAGCAUCCAUGCCUGUGACAUGCAGGGGAAGUGAGAGGGUCUGGUGGGAAGCAGUGCCUUAGGACAGCCCGAGUUUAAAUGGAAAAGUGAACCAUGGAGGAGUUGAGAACACAAGGCUUUUUGCUUGUGGGUUUGUCAUGUGGGUUCCAAACGACUGCAGGAGUGUUUCAGGAACUAAAAAGGUAGGAAGGGGGCUCCGACCUCAAGUGCGGGCCUCAGCGUGAGGUUGGACGCUUCAGGUCAUCGGUGCUGUAACUGCUGCUGUAUCUCCUGUGCAGGUAAUAGUCAUACCUGCCUCUCAGGGUUACUGUGAAGGAUGCAGAGGAGAGCCGAGGGGUGGGUCGCCUGAUACUAGAAAUGCCUAUUUUAGCCCUCACAUUAGAAGCAGUUUCUAUGAGUAAACUUAGUUUCCCUUAAACUGAAGCUUGUACCUGGGUGCAUUGUCCAGUCACUGAAAGUACAGCCACACUCGGGUCCUCCUGUUGUGAUGUAGAAGGUACCCAGACCGCCUGUGAAGUAUCUGGCCUCCCCACCAAAAACGAACUUGCGUCUAGGUAGCCUAUAACUGUAAUCAGCAGUUUCCAGGAAUACAGGGCACACAGCAGGAUAAAUGAAGCUGGAAGGAUACAGUCAACCAAAUUCAUAAUAAGAGAGUAUCUGUAAUGAAAGGGAAAAAGGAGGGGAGUGAUUAUAGAGUAAGAGGUCCAGUAGACACCCCAACGCUGCUGACCUCAUUUGCAUCCCGAUUACGUCAAACCAGUUGUAAAAAGAUGAGCUUUUUCUUUUUUUUUAGACAAAAUUAAAUGGAGUAGGUAUUAGAUGGUAGUAAGGAGUUUUUGAUUUAGUUGGAUAUGAUAGUUGUACUGUUCCAUUUUUUAAAAUUGAUCUCGCAGUCUGGACUGGAGUCCGUGGGGGUGAAAUUGCUUUAGAAUGCUGCAUCCUUUUCCCCACCCUGGAGAGAAGUGGUAGAUGAAACAAAAACAGCCCAAACAAUUGCUAAUGCUGGGUAGUGGUGUGUAGGAUUCAGUCUGCUGUUCUAUGUAUAAAAUUUUCUGUAAGAAAAAUGUUUUCCUUUUAAUGAGUUGAAGUAGAUUAAGUACUUAAAACGGCUUGUCACAUGGGAGCACUGUGUUAUACAAAUGUCUCAAUGUUUAUCAUACUUGUUAUUAGUUAUAAGUAACUUUAAAUCACAGUUUAAUCACAUGGGCCAAACAGUAGGGCUUGUAAUACCUGCUGGGCCUGGCCUUAGUAGGUGUCAUUUGAAAUGCCCUCUUGAUCUAAAUUCACACUCUAUUAGUGGUAAGAGAAGUUGGAUAUUGAACAAAUGCUGAUAGAGUUGUUAGUUCUGCCAAAUGUAAUCCUUGUUUUAAAAUACAAUGGCACCUUCUUAACGCCUUAUCCUAACCCCUCUGGACUGUGGUCUGCCUCCUUCCCGGUGGGCCCUGUACGCCUGUUACCUUUAUGUUAUUUUUUCCUGCAACUCUUCCAACUACCUUACUUGCCUGUUGAAAUUCACUUACGUGCAUUGUGUCUUCCACCUCCCAGCCUUGGCCUAGACUGUAAACUCCGUAAGGGCAGGGAUUGUUACCUUCAGUUUCAUAUCCCAGCACCUACAGUGGUAUCUGAAACAUAGUAAGUUCUCAAUAAAUAUUGAAGUGAAUAACAUGUUGUGUUUUAUAAACAAAGUUGAAUCUGUGAUAUCAAUUGGAUGCACCCCUCACGUUCACAAAGGUGAAAGCUGGGGGCAGAUGUGGGUUUAUUUGUGUCCUCCAGCCCUGCCCUCCAGUGGCCGUGGCGCCCAUUUUAAGGGGACCUCCCUGAGCUGUCUGUAGACACAGAGCAGGCCCUUACGCAGUCCUCUGUCAUCAGACCCUGGACAUUAGUUUGGCACUCAGGCCACUGGAAGUGAUGCAUCUUAAACUAGAUUAUUUUGUCUUUGACCAUGCGAAACCAUUUACCUUAAUCCCGAGUACUCAGCCAGAAAAUAGAAUGAUAAAUGAAUUCUUCAAUCCCAAAUCACCACAAUAUAGAAGAAUGGGAGAUUUUGAAACCAAGGCUUAUAUCCCCACAUUUUGCCAUCUUUUCCCAAAUAUAAACUGAAGGUUUUUAAGAUGAUUUUAACAGCUGGUCCUGAGUUUAAACAAGACCCCUGCCUACUUGAGAAACUGACAGACUCUCACAGUGAAGCACUAUCACGAAUCCUUUCCUUGAGUGGAGCUUAACAUAGUAGCCCAGCCCCAGGGGAUUAACAUAAUUGUCAGUAGGUAGUUGAUUUUUCCCAAUCUGGAUUGUCAUUAAAUGAUACCAGUAUUGGCAGUAAUUUGGGGAGCUUGUCUCCUGCUGCUCCAGCAUUUAAGCAUGCAUGGUCAAGACUCGCUCCAGGGGCUGUGGGAACCUCUCCUUUCUCAGCUGUGGGAAUGGUUAAGCCCCCAUCAUUUGGGGGAAAGUUUCUCAUGUGUGGAUUGAGGGAAUUGGACCAGCUGGCCAUAAAAUUUCUUCUUUAUAAUUCUGUUAUUUUAAAAGGUGUAGCAUCAAUGAUUUGGAAAAGACCCCUCAAAGGCCAAGGGACCAAGAUAGACUUAUAUAUCUUAAAAGUUUUUUAAUUAAAAAUAUAAUAUACGGUUUUAAUUUGCCACUUAUCACAUGAACCAUGUUUGUGUUUUCCGUGAAUCAUAAUCUUGCAAAGCAGCUUUUUUCUUGCUGUGUGCCGUUUUAAUUGUGGGGAUUCUGGUCAUUGUCCUCGCAAUAAUUUUUGCUCCUCCAGAGGGAGUUGUGCCCUUUCGUUUUCUUUACUAACCUGAGCUGCGAGCGGCACGAAAGGCUGGUAGGUGUUGGUUGAUUGCCAGAACCGUUACGACCACGGAAUGCCCAGGAGAAGCCAAGUUCAUCUCUUUACACCCCCCUGAAGGAAGGGGGUUAAAUGAAGAUCCCGAUGACAGAGGUGCAUUUUGGUGAUUGGUUUGUAAAUUAAUCCUGUUAAAUUCCUGAGGAAAUAACUCCUCAAUAACAUUUUCUGGAAGUUGUAGCUCAUUCAAUCAGGAGUUGUUUGUUUUACGUUAAAAUGAUAUACAUAAUUCAAGAAAGGAAUAACAGCCACACAUAACCUGACUUUAGGGCCCUAGAUUGAGAGUGUGACAUACUAUUAACGUGCUGAGACUCCAUCUCUCUGGGCCUUGGUUUCCUAUCUAUAGAAUGAAGAUGUCAGCGUGAGGGAGUCUCAGAUAGUUCUAGAGCUACACUCUUCAGUGUGGCAGCUGCAGCCAUGUGUCACUGCCAAGCCCUAGCAGUGUCACUAGGCUGGAUUCUAGGUGUAAAAUACACACUGGAUUUUGAAGACUUGGUAUGAAAAAAAGGAACUUAGUAAUUUUAGAUGUUGAUUAGAUGUUGAAAUGAUAACUAUUUUGCAUCCACUGGUUCCCCCCAGCCAAGGUUUCCCUUUCUGUAGGUUCAGUUACCUGCAGUCAACUGUAGCCUGGAAGCAAAUGAUCCUCCUCGUGAUGUAAAUUCAGAAGGUCGCCAGCCUAAUGCUAGCUACGUCACAGUGCCCACGUCCCUCACCUCACUUCAUCUCAUCACCUAGGCAUUUCAUCAUCUUGCAUCAUCACAAAAUGAAAGGUGAGUGCAGUGCAGGGAGAUAUUUUGAGAGAGGGAGAGAGACCACAGAUCACAUUUUUACUACAGUACCUUGUUAUAUUCUGUUUUACUAGUUAUUGUUAAUCUCUUACUGUGCCUAAUUUAUAAAUUAAACUAUCAUAGGUGUAUAUGUAUGAAGAAAACAGUAUAUACAGGGCUCAGAACUACCCACGGUUUCAGGCAACCACUGGGGGGUCUUGAAAUGUUUCCCCCAUGGAUAAGGGCAGACUCCUGUAUAUUGAGUGAAAUAAAAUAUAUUAAAAUUAGUUUCAUCUAUUUUUUACCUUUUUUGUGGGGUAGAG